UUCGCUGCCCACGUUUCCAGGCGGUCGUGGGGGCUGAGGAGGGCGUGGGGACGACUUCGCAGAACCCUGGGCUGGGGCGAAGAAGGAGCCGGGAUGGCCUGGGCUCUGAAGCUGCCGCUAGCUGACGAAGUGAUCGAGUCGGGGCUGGUGCAGGACUUUGAUGCUAGCCUGUCGGGCAUUGGCCAGGAACUGGGUGCUGGUGCUUAUAGCAUGAGUGAUGUCCUUGCAUUGCCCAUUUUUAAGCAAGAAGAGUCAAGUUUGCCUCCUGAUAAUGAGAACGAGAUCCUGCCUUUUCAGUAUGUCCUCUGUGCUGCCACCUCUCCAGCCGUGAAGCUCCACGAUGAGACCCUGACAUACCUCAAUCAAGGACAGUCUUAUGAAAUCCGAAUGCUAGACAAUAGAAAACUGGGAGAGCUUCCAGAAAUCAACGGCAAGUUGGUGAAGAGUAUCUUCCGUGUAGUGUUCCACGACAGGAGACUGCAGUACACUGAGCACCAGCAGCUGGAGGGCUGGAGGUGGAACCGACCCGGAGACAGGAUUCUUGACAUAGAUAUCCCAAUGUCUGUGGGUGUAAUUGAUCCCAGGGCCAAUCCUACCCAGCUAAACACAGUGGAGUUCCUGUGGGACCCUGCAAAGAGGACAUCUGUGUUUAUUCAGGUGCACUGCAUCAGCACUGAGUUCACGGUGAGGAAGCAUGGUGGGGAGAAGGGUGUGCCGUUCCGAGUGCAGAUCGACACCUUCAAGGAGAACGAGAACGGAGAGUACACGGAACACUUGCACUCAGCCAGCUGCCAGAUCAAAGUCUUCAAGCCUAAAGGUGCAGACAGAAAACAAAAAAUAGAUAGAGAGAAGAUGGAGAAACGGACGCCUCAUGAAAAAGAGAAAUAUCAACCUUCCUAUGAGACAACCAUACUCACAGAGUGUUCUCCAUGGCCUGAGAUCACCUACGUGAACAAUUCCCCGUCUCCCGGUUUCAACAGCUCCCAUAGCAGUUUCUCUCUUGGGGAAGGAAACGGCUCGCCCAACCACCAGCCAGAGCCACCUCCUCCAGUCACGGAUAACCUUUUGCCAACAACCACGCCCCAGGAAGCCCAACAGUGGCUGCACCGAAACCGGUUUUCCACGUUCACGAGGCUUUUCACCAACUUCUCAGGGGCAGAUUUACUGAAACUGACAAGAGAUGACGUGAUCCAAAUCUGCGGCCCUGCGGAUGGAAUCAGACUCUUUAACGCAUUAAAAGGCCGGAUGGUGCGUCCAAGGCUAACCAUUUAUGUCUGUCAGGAGUCGCUGCAGUUGAGAGAGCAGCAGCAGCAGCAGCAGCCACCUCAGCCACAGCCACAACAGAAGCAGGAGGAUGGAGAUUCAAAUGUGUACCAUGCUGUCUAUCUAGAAGAACUGACAGCUGUUGAAUUAACAGAAAAAAUUGCUCAGCUUUUCAGUAUUUCUCCUCACCAGAUCAGCCAGAUUUACAAGCAAGGGCCGACAGGAAUCCAUGUGCUCAUCAGCGAUGAGAUGGUACAGAAUUUCCAGGAAGAAGCCUGCUUUAUUCUGGACACAAUGGAAGCAGAAACCAGUGAUAGCUAUCAUGUCAUUCUCAAGUAGGAGAAGCCUCCCACAUUCAACAGCUGCUGCCGCCUCCACCUCUUGACGACUGCCUUCACCUCUUCACCUUCUGAAGGGGACAUGACUGGAGAUUAAAGGUCUUCAGGAACCUGGCACAUCUGAAUGUUUGGCGGAGGGCAGGAGGGUAUCCAGUGCAAGGCAAGCAGGCCCUAAAGUGGAAUCCCAGAGCCCUGUAUUGGCCCCUACUGUAUGAUGUCCUCAGAUGGCCAGACAUGGAGCUCAACAGUUUCCUUAGUUUCUGGCCCCUGUUGAUACCAGUAAGCAGUCAUUAGGGUUUAUAGAGGGCAGGGUGGUAAUGAGAGUUACGUGACAUUUUCUAGAAAGAUGUUUAAUUUUGUGAUCUACAGCUCUGACAUUUUCCCAAUAUAAAAGUGAACAUCUGUCUUCAUGAAAACCAAGCUAUCUUUUUUGUAUCAAGCCUGUUGUGAGCUCUGUUCUGUUCAUAACUAUGAGGAGAAAGAAUCUCUCAUUACGUUUUUUUGAGACAGAGUUUCAUGUUCUUGCCUCCCAAGAGCUGGGAUUAGAAGCUUAUGUCACCUGGCCUGUUUCUGCAGCGCUGGACUUGAACCCAGAGCCUCACUUGCUAGGCGAGCGCUUUCUCCAACUGAGCUCCAGCAGGCCCCUCCCUUGUGUUAAGACAGUCUCCAGAUUUCUAUUUUGGUUCACCUGCAGUACCACAACUGAGAGUGGCUGUAUGUAUUGGGGUGAACCAAAUGAUGAGUCCCAUGGUGGACGGGUUAUCUUGUUUUAUCCCCUUAAUUAAAAAGCCCAAAACAACUGGGGACACACUGACUAGAGGGUGAGGAAAUCCAGGUGUGGUAGUGGGGUCUCUCAGAUGCCUGCCAGCCUUUGCUGCCUGUGCUCAUUGUUGGUUCUUUCUGGGGCUCUGCUGGAACCUCCUGGACUAGCCACUGAAGGAGGGCAGACAUCCCUGAAUAUAGAGAUAAUGAAGCCCCAGAGCAGACAGACACUCGGUGUCAUACUAACCUCAGCACAGAGCUGGAGGUGAGAGAGGCAGGAGUGUCUGAGCCCAGGUUUUUUUGUUUCUGAAUGUUACUCUCAAGCUGGUUAAGUAAAUGAGCUACUCCUCCCUGCUCUCCCCUCCCCUGUCUUGUUUUGGCAUAGUGUUUUUAUUUUUUAAUGUAAGCUUUAUAAAAAAUACACUUUUUCCCCAUUCCAACUCAUACUGUGUUUAUGUUCAAAUGACUGUGUGUGCAUGUGCAGAUUUUAAAUCACUUAGGUCCUCCUUUUUCACAUGUAUAGUUUGUUUUGGGUUGGUUUUCCAAGAAAAUGUUUCUCUGUGUAGCCCUGACUAUCCUGGAACUCACUCUGUAGACCAGGAUGGCCUUAAACUCGGAGAUCCACCUUCUAAGUGCUGGGAAUAUAGGUGUGCACCACCAGCGUCAGGCCACAUGUAAAGUUUUACCAGAAAUUUCCUUAAAUUUUGUUGAGAUGAACAAAGAUAAUGUUUAAAGAUUCUGUAUUAAAUUUGAAUUUAUUUGUGUUUUUGAAGUAUUUAAUAAAGCUUAGAUUUUUUUAUAGAGAGUUUUUAGUUGUUGCUGCUGUUGUCCAUUAAAAUCAACCUGU